AUGACAUACCCUGGGAACUCAUUGCGCAGGGAGCUGGAAAAUCGCUGGGAACUAGACAUACCGGAAUACGAAUACUCGCCCAUCGACCGAGAUGCACAAGAGCAGCGCUUUCUCAUCCUCCAUCCGUGUCCCGGCGACAAGAGCGAUCCACAGAACCACGUAAGAUGCAGCAUAGAAGUACGACCGCUCGCCAAAGCCGGGCCGUUCAUCGCUAUCAGAGACAGUAGAGGCUAUCGGCUGCUGAGGGAUGUCAUCGAGAUCGAUGGCAAGGGACUCGUCGUCCCAGUCGCGUUGGAGGUCUUUCUCAGAUACUUUCGCGGUCACCGCCUGCCCGUGACAUUAUGGGUUCGGCACAUCUGCCUCGAAGAAUUCUCCUCGGCAGAAGAUCAGAAGGAGUACUGGACCCGUGACUUCCUCGACUCAAUGUACGCAAGGGCAACUCAGGUCGUGAGCAUGACCGAGGUCGUCACCGAGCUGCUGGAGAGGGGCAUAGUGGAAGAGAGGAUCCAAUCAAAGUAUCGAAAAUAG